AUGGAGGCGGAGUUGUUGACGUCGCGCUUCGAGAUGGACGAGCUGCUGUCCAAGAUUCAUCCUGAUAUGCGACACAACUCUGAUCCCCACAAGGCUAAGGCGGGGCGGCGCUUGGCGGUGCGUCUGCUGGUGGGGGGCAGGGAUGGCGCGUCCGGCACGGAGCAGUCGUCGGACGGGCGGGAGGUGUCCGAGCGGCGUGGCCGUCGAAUGCACAAGAGCGCCUCGGAGGCGAACGUCAAGGGGGCCGGGUCUCGGGGCGGGCACGCGUUGGCGGGGUCCAUGGGGGCGUUGACGGGCAGCGGCAAGGCGCUGAACGGGUCGGCGAUGAAGGCGCAGCUGCGCGCGGAGCAGGAGGAGCUGGCGUACCUGGGCAUGGAGGCGGAGCGCAUCGAGAGCAGCGGCGUCAUCGACAUCGUCAACGACGACGGCGCCGCCUUCCCCAAGCACCUCAGCUGGAACUACCGCGGGCUCGACAUCACCCCCAAGUGCAGCAGUGGCGCGGAGGCGGGCGCAGACAGGGAUCGGGAGGCGGGGGUGGAGUCGGUGCUGGCAUCGUGGGCGCAGGAGAGGCGCGAGCUGGAGGCGCAGGUGGGCGCACUGAAGGCGGAACUGAAGCGCAAAGAAAGAGAGCUCAAGGCGGCGGGCAAGGCGAAGGCGGCGGCGGGCAGGGAGGUGGACGCGGUGUGGGGGCAGGUGAGCGCGCUGGAGGCGCAGCUGCACGAGCUGCAGGGCGACAAGUCCGCGCUCGAGAAAGAAAUCGAGGGGCUGCGCGCGCUGCACGUGUCCAGUGCGCGCGAUUCAGGAGAGUCAGCGGGCGCGCGGGCGGCGGACACGGAGAUGGCGGGCAUGCUGAAGAUGGUGGGCGACUUCUCUCGGCGACUCGCUCUCGCGGACGAUGCCGUGCGACGUGCCGAGGCCAAAAACGGCGAACUAUCCGUCCGUGCGUUUUCCAUACUCCCUGUACUCCCCCCCUUUCCCCUCGCGCCCUCUCAUUCUUGCCUAUCCCCGUUUUGUGCAUCGCUACUUGUCCCGUGUCCCGCGUGCGACUUGCGGCACUGCGCAGAGCGCGUGAAGGCGAGCGAGGCGCAGUUGCGGGGAACGAGGGAGGCGCUGCGCACGGCGCAGGAGGAGAGGGACGCGCUGGCGGCGGAGAUGAAGGAGGCGCUGGACUCGUGGGCGUGCACCGGCUCUGCACACCCCACACCCCCCUCUGCCACCCCUGGCACAGGGGGCGGCAGCGGCAGCGGUGGCAUGGGUGUGGGCGCAUCAAGGCCGUCAGCGCCACUGGUUGAGCACAUGGGCGAGGCCAUGGCGGGGAACGGCUUCCCGGGUGCUGCCCAGGCCAUGCAUGCCAUGCAGCACUGGCAGCAACGCGCAUGGGAUAUUGCUGGUGCAAGCAAGUCGGGAAGGCGUGGGUACAGCGCUGGUGGUGGCGUGAGGCGGCCACCCCGGGACCCCAAGACAUGGGCAGUGCAGUUUGACGCCCUCUCAUGCAGCCCCUCCCCUCCUUGA